AUGCUUGUAAGGCUACGGACGGAAUCAGUGUCGCGGUCGCUUUCCUCUGAAGGCAUCCCAGUCCCCGACAAUGACAGGAGUCUCUCGCAACAUACCAAAUAUCCUACAGAUGAUCUUUGGGAACGAACUUGCUUCAAACUGAUUAUGGAGGACUAUAUAGACCACUUGUACCCCCUGCUUCCCAUCGUACACCGACCGUCCUUUCGUCGGGCUCUCCAGGAAGACCGAGAUUGUGAAGACUCUGGCUUCCUCGGCCUGGUUCUCGCCAUCGCGGCAGUGGUUGUGGCUACCUUACCCAGCCGAUUUCAACAUUAUCGUUCGCUGAGCCCUCCCCUGCAGUUUCAGUCACGACGGGAGAUGGUUAGUUACUGCGCCGACCGCAUCACAAGGUUGCGGACUGCCACCUAUUUCGAUGAAAUCAACUUUCAGAAAUAUGCUAUCUCAUAUCUGCUCUAUGCAGCAUUCUUGCAGCUGGGGGAUCAUAAUCAAUCACGGAUGCUGGAUGUAGAAGCAAUGCAGAUUGCCCGCCUCUUAAACCUUCACUGCAUCUCUCAAUAUAAUGGCCUUAAUUGCAUCGAGACUCAAUUGAGAAAGAAGGGGUUUUGGCUGAUAUUUUAUAGUUUGGUUCAUGCUCGACUUCAAAACAUGCUCGGAGAACGACUAUCAUACCUGGACCCUGCAUUGUUACAGACCAUCAAUCCAGAGGACAUGAUGCCGUUGGAAGUGGAUGACGAAUAUAUUCUGGAGAAUGAGGUUCUGGUCUCAAGGACUCAAACCCCAUGCCUGGUAACUGGCUUCAUUAUUCAUUCACGGGUGUUCUGGGCUGCCGUAAGAGACCCGUUGCCUGGACACUCAGCAGAGGAACCGUGUCCGUGCAUUCGCGCUCGGGACCCUCAAAUUCAAAUCUCCUAUUUACACAAUCGCCUACAAAGUUUGAAGUACCUCCUUCAUGAUAUCCCUGCCAUCCUCCGGCCAUGGGGCCCACCAAAUGAGGAGCAUCUGAACGAUGGUAGUACGGAUGCGAUCUUGCGAUCGAACUUUGCAACCAUGCGGGCUAAUAUCCAUGUCACCCAUCUAUGGCUCCAAAGCCUCCUUAUUGACCAACUGGAGGCGGCACAGACUGGUCAAAGGGGAUCACUGCCGGCAUCCUGCCCUGGAUAUUCACCAUACAAGACGGACCCGAAAGCCCUGUGGUUAGAGAGAGAGGAACUGUGCCGACAACUCUUCUUUGUUCUCCACACACUUCCACAGGCUAGCUUGGAAGCCAAUGGUCUUCAUCUCGCAUACAAAGUGCGGGAUAUAGCAGCGAGCAUCAUGGCAUGCCCAUUCCACCCACAGGAACCGGAAUCAAAACGAGCGGCCGAGUAUGUUCAAGACGCCACUAGCUGGCUCUCUCGCCUAGACCGCAGUGAGAGUAUCAAUACGCUGCAUCUACAAUCCUGGGUGGACACAGACCGCGUCCGAAGCGAAGCUACCAUCCCAUGA